ACAGCGGGUGGGAGGAGGGAGGCAGGGAGAGCUGGGGGGCCCUUCAUUCUGUGAUCCUUCCGGGCUUUCUCUGUAGGUCCUCAGCAGGUCCUCAGCGGUCGGUUGGGGGCACAUGCCACUUCCCACCCACCGGGCUGGAGCCAAGGUGGGAAACCUGGGCGCUGGGAGAAGGGCUGGCAGGGCGCUGCGGCUGCUCCAGCCAGCGGUGAUCCUGUGGGGGCGGGGAACAGCAGUAGGAGCUGGGGGACCAGGUCACCCACUGGCCUGAGGCCUGCCCAACACUGUCUGGCUGAUAGAGCGCAGGUGAGCCCAGCAGAGCCUGAUGCCGCCUCCAUCUGCUUGAGGGGCGCAGGGAGCCGUGGGGGCCUUUCCCAGAGCCCGGGAGGCACAGACACGCAAGCUGAAGGGCGGACAUGGACGGUGGGAAGCAUUUGGCUGAUGCCCCCCUGGGGAAGAAGCCAGGGCUGCCGCGGCCCCAGGAGCAUGGGCACCCCCCUCCCCCGGAGAGCCCCACCACAGCCUGGGGCCAGCCGGGCGACUGGAGCGGAGGGCCGCAGGUACUGCAGACUCAGGACUGGCCCUUGGGGAGCGUCAGCUGCUCGCUGCAGUCUCGAGGGAUUCCCUGCGCUACUCUCUGUCUCGGUGUCCUGCCUGGUGUCCUUCCUCUUUGUCCCCCUCAGCGUGGAGUAUUCUUCCUCCUGACCCUGCCCUUGGAGUGCAGCCUCCCGGGAGCCUCCAGUCUGGCUGACGUCAUUCAGCCUCAGCAUUCCUCUCGUCCCACCCCGAGCCCCCAGGGCCGCCUCCACCCCACAUGGUGAUGACACGAGCUCACAGAGGGCAGAGACCUCAGGCUGAGGCCAAGGUCUGAGGAGACCUGCCCCUGGCGCAGGGGCUGCCAACAUCCAUCUCUCCCUGCGGGCUGGGCCCGCUUCCUGACAAUCUCACUGAACACAACAGGAGGGGAGGGCUUGCCACCAGGGAUCACAGCUUGGGCAGAGAAAGAAGGUCCACUCUGGGCUGCGAGAUGGGAGGCAGCGGGAACAGGUUGCUGCCUCAGCCCCCGAGCGCCGAUCCACCCACGUUGCUAAUCUAUGAAAUAUGCACCCCGUGAAACAUGAGCUAAUGGCCAGGGGUACCAGACAUUUGAAGAAGACCUCUGUCACAAAGGAGAGCAGGACAGUUCGGGGAAAAGACCAAGAAGAGUCACAGCAGUAGCCAUGUCGCCAUCGUCCUGGUGGCUUGUGCCAUCUCGGAAGAAUUAGCCCUGCAGCCAGACGAGGGGGACGUAACGCGGCUGAGGUGACACCAGCAACAGACUAGGAGAUGAGUGAGUGGGAAAGGAAUACACUGGACAGGAAAUGUGCAGACCUGUUUGAGAGGAGAUUAAAAGCACCCUGAAGCAUCACCGAGAGACUUGGCAGCAGCGGAUGCCGUCACUGAGGGGCCUCCCUAGACAUUUCACAAUUCAGCGUCAUCAGCGAUCAGCGUGGUGAACAUUUGGGGCGCCUGGCUGGCUCAGUCAGUGGAAUGUGCAGCUCUUCAUCUUGGGGGCAUGAGUUCAGCCCACGCUGAGUAUAGAGACUGCUAAACAAAUAAACCUAAAAAUGCUAAA